ACCCUACGUAACGUCGCGCGCCUCUCGGAGCGGGCGGCGAGGGGGUUCGUGGGUCAUGGAGGAGGAAGGUAAAUAAAGGAGACGCGCUCGGCGGCUGCUCUCACACGGUUCGCGGGACGUUCGACACGCUGGAUGCGGCGGUUCGUGCUCUGAUACGGUCGCAGACGGAAGAGGACAGCGCGGCGGAGGCGGGACGGUCGCUUCGGCUCCGGCGGCAGCUGUCGGCGGGACCAAUUCUGUCCCGAGAGGACGUGUCUCCUGUUUCUGCUUUGCUUUUUGAGGAUGAGUUCUCAGGUGGUCUGAUUGGGUUUGCCUCGUCCUUGUGUUGCCAUGGCGAUGCGGGAGUUGGUGGAGGCAGAAUGUGGGGGAGCCAAUCCCCUCAUGAAGCUGACCGGUCACAUGACGAAGGAAGGGGGGGCAUGGCGGCACCGCUCCACACCUACAAUUCCCCCGACUCCUAUUGAGAUCGCAAGUGAAGAAGAGCUGGUGAAUGAGUUCCUUCAGGCGCCCCCACGGCCCCCCCACACAUUUGACAUGGGUCAGCUGCUGGAGGAAAUGCAGCAGAUUGACCAGCAGAGCUUCAGACAAGCUCCACAGAGAGCUCCAGAUGUGGCAGCACUGGCCCUCUCUGGUGACUGGGCAGCCGAGUUCCUUUCAAGCUCCGACUCUGCCUCAACGCCAGGGCUCAUUGCGCUCGGUGAUGCAGCAGAUGCUGAUUGGACGAGGGAGUUCAUCGCUGAGGCUGCAGAUCCAGGUCGCUGGGCAGAGGAGUAUCUGGAGCAGUCGGAAGAGAAGUUGUGGCUUGGAGACCUGGGAGACAAGGAAAAUGAAUGGACAAAGGAGUAUCAAUCAGGAGAGGAACUGAGGCAGACGGCUAAUGAGCUUGUCUCAAAGGUUGAUGACCCCAAAUUACAAAACACAGAGUUCCUGCGAUUCAUUAGGCAGAUUGGCGAGGGCAGUGUGACAGUGGAGAGCAGAACAGACAGACAGCUCACAGAUAAAGCUCAGGCGGAGGAGGCUCAGCACUGGGCCUCCAACCUCAACCAGGUGUCAGUGGAUUCGGCUGAAGCCUGGGUAGAUGAGUUCGCCACAGCAGGACCAGAUUUCCAACAAGCCAAAGCUGCGGUGGAGAGUGAUUUAGAUUUCUGGGAGAAGCUGCAGCAGGAGUGGGAGGAGAUGGCGAAGAGGGAUGCAGAAAGCCAUCCCUGGCUGUCUGACUUCGAUCAGCUACUCAGCACUUCUUAUGACAAGGGGUAUCAGUUUGAAGAGGAGAACCCUUACUUAUCCCACCCAGACCCUUUGUCAGAGGGAGUGAAGAGGAUGGAGGCAGGGGACAUCCCCGGUGCCGUACGCUUCUUUGAAAGUGCUGUACAGGCAGAACCAGGCAACCAGCUGGCUUGGCAAUAUCUGGGAACCUGUCAGGCAGAGAACGAGCAAGAAUUUGCGGCGAUCAGCGCCCUCCGCAGAUGUAUAGAGCUGAAGAACGACAAUCUGACUGCUCUGAUGGCGUUGGCUGUCAGUUUCACCAACGAGACGCUGCACAGGCAGGCCUGUGAGACUCUUCGUGAUUGGCUAAAGCACAAUCCGAAAUACCGCUCUGUCUGGGAGCAGAAUGAGCAUGAACUUCAAAAGGACGCUGCCAGUGAUAGGGAGAAGGAGAGGGAGCGGUUCGGGUCACUGCUGCCAGAAUCUUUGUUCACGGACGUCCAGUCCCUGUUCCUGCAUGCAGCCAACUCUGACCCAGCCCAGGUGGACCCCCAGCUGCAGUGUGGUCUGGGAGUUCUCUUCAACCUGAGCGGAGAGUAUGACAAGGCGGUGGACUGUUUCAGUGCUGCUCUGUCUGUCACACCACAGGACUAUCUGCUGUGGAAUAAGUUGGGUGCCACACUGGCCAAUGGAAGCCGCUCAGAGGAGGCAGUGGCCGCUUACAGGAGAGCUCUGGAGCUGCAGCCAGGUUUUGUCCGCAGUCGCUACAACUUGGGGAUUAGCUGUGUCAAUUUAGGAGCACACAGAGAGGCAGUAGAGCACUUCCUCGAAGCUCUGUCUCUACAGCGCCAGGCCGCGGGGGAGGGGGCGAGAGCUGCCAGGGGGCCUGGAGGUGCCGCAGCCACCAUGAUGUCCGACAACAUCUGGUCCACCCUGCGCAUGGCUCUCAGCAUGAUGGGGGAGAGCUCUCUGUAUGGUGCUGCUGACCGCCGGGACUUGGACACGUUGCUGGCUCACUUUUACCAGAGAGAAGUAGAGGGUGGGACUGAAUGAAAACCAGCCAGGGGUGGGCUAAUUGAGUGUGAAUGUGUUUUUCUGGGAGGUAAAUGUCUUGGUGACUGAAUGAAGCUGAGAGGAAUCUGAGUGGUAACGGUUGGAGAGAAAAUGGAGACACUGUGAAUUAUCCACCAUCCUAGAGACCUAGGAGCCACCUUGUGCGUUGUGUGCGUAUUGAUGACUUUCAAUCGGAUGUUGCAGUAUCAGUCUAGACCUGGAGAGAAACAACCAGCAGUAAUACAGUCAUGUCACUGUAUUUUACAGUUUGUUCAUUUCCUCCUACUCAGUUGAUCUGGAGAAUUGGGUUUGAUUUGAAAUCUGUUCUUGAUGAAGAAAGUAAAUGAUGAAGAAUGAGUGAAUCCCUUCUAUAUUUGAGUAAUGUGGAUAGUUAUGUUUCUAAUGGCAAUUAAUGCUCUCAUAUUCUGUAACAGCAGGUUGCAAAUUGAACCGUUACUCUCUACAGUUAUGUAAAUUAAAGGUACUGCUGUGAUAUACGAAAAGGAGUACUUCUUUUCAUCAAAAGUGCUGCAGAGUACAAACACUUGUCAUAUAGUGGCUUGUUUUUUCUGUUAACCUAUUUACCUAUAUCUUAUUUAAUUUUUUAGUAAUCAAUUAACAGCUAGGACAAUGAACUGACAACCAGCAGGACUGUUACUGUUAAGAUAAGGUGUGUAUGUGUGUACAGUAAAUGUGAGUGUGUUGGGUUGGGUGGGGGAUAAUCGUGCAUUGGAUGAUGAGAUCAUACAAUUGUAAUAUCAUUGAGGAUGAUUUCCCUGGACUCCUCUUGCUCUUUUUCAUAUUGCUCUUGUAAAACGAUUUGCUUCAUUGUAAAAUAAUGCUAUAUGCCAUAUUGUGUAUUGUAAAAUAAUUGUUGCACUACAAUGGUUUUCAGGUUAGUUAUAUCCUGACUGCAAUGUUUAAUAUAAUAUUCAGCAAUAAAGCUUUGAUUCCAAACA